GGUCUGGUCUAGACCACGCCUAUGCGGUCUGGUUCGGUCUGGUCUAGUCCACAUAGACCACACUCAACGAAAAAUGAAUAAUUUGUUUAGUCAACCACACAAAAAAUUGAACCAUUAACCAGGAAAAUAAUUGUUAUUUGCCUUAAAUCAUUAAUCCUAACAUGCAUGAAUAAUUUUGAUACUCUAAAUCUUAGUACAUAACAAAGAUACAAAGUAAAAGCAUCCCAACUUGCACCAUAACGUCAUAAACAUUAACAUAAUGUCAUAUGGAGACACGAUUAUCUCUACUCUCUGGUUAAAUGUGGUUGUGAAUGAAGGAGGGACGAGAUUCACAAAACUAAGGUUCAGACUUGGGUGUCGUUGCAGGAAUUGGGAGAGUGGUCGAAUGAGCUGUUAACACGUAUUGACAAGUCAGUUGGGUCCACGGUUUGGUCCGGUAAACCGCGGUCUAGACUAGACCAGACCAAGAGAUCAAAACAUAAGAUAAUACAGACCAUGGACCAGACCAGACCAUACUUAACGGUCUACGAUCCGAACCAAACUGUACGGUACAGUUUGGACCACGGUUUUUCUAACGGUCUGGUCUAUUUUCCCAGCCCUACAAUUAACCAUAGCAAUCGACAAAGGAGAAAAAAGAUCAAGUACGGGCCCGUUAAUCAUUGCCCGUUUGGGCCUCUAUUAUCCAUCAAUUAUGAGCACUACCUGCCAAUUAUACGGCCCACGGAAAAAAAGAAAUUGGCCGGCCCUAGGUCCCCUCAGUUGAAAAUAAAAGCCCGAAAAUAAAAGCCCGCCCUCUGCUGUUAUUCAGUGGGUACUCGAGAGUCGAGACUGUACUGUUGGGUUCAAGGCAACGACAAAAUCGAAAAUCCUGAAUAAUUGUUUCCCCAAUUAAUUAAUCGCACAUUUUUUUUGAAAAAUAAUUAAGAUUUCACAGCUCGAAUUUUAUGCCACCUAAAUCCACUCGAUAAGGAAAAUUCUAGUUAAAUAAUAUUCUGAUUUUCUCAAUCUACUUGAAUUGAAUUAAGCUAAUUACAAUUAUCCCUAAUUCCCUACUAAUUAUUAGAAAAAGAACCCCAUUAGGAAGCUUCUUUUAAUCUUUUUUCAUACUGGGCACUGAGCAGCAGCGACAACAACCGCUUUUCCUUUUUCCCUAUUGCGCUUUCCCUUUUCUCCUUUCCCUCUCAACUUUUCUUCCCUGAUCUUUCUCCGGCUAAUCAGUGAGCCUGGAAAAAGAAAAUCGUCCUCGUUCUUUCAUUUCAUUUUCUCCCUGCUGGAUCACAAUUCCGCUAAACGGGGAGAAAUGGGGAGCGUUUCGUCGGAGGACGACGGCGAGCGGUUCGAGCUCGACGGGUACAGCUUGAGCGCCGACGUCAGCGAGUCGGAGAACAGUUCCAGCUGCGCUUCGUCGUCUUCGUUUCGGCAUUGCGGCGGCGGCGGCUGCGGAGGAGGAGGAGGAGGAGGAGGAAGAGGUUCCGCUUCUUUCCUCACGUCUUCCUGUUCCCUUGCUCCACCACUCCAUGACGCGACUGAGUUGGAUGACGAGUUGCAGGCGCCGCCGGUCACACUGAUGCCGCCGGUGAUCGGCGGGAGGCACGUUGUGAUUCCGCCGAAGAAGGGUGAGAAACCGGAGUCGGAAUUGUCUGAAACUGAACUAAUGAAGGAGAGAUUCGCCAAGCUUCUGCUCGGAGAAGACAUGUCAGGUGGAGGAAAUGGAGUUUGCACUGCUCUGGCUAUCUCCAAUGCCAUCACCAAUCUCUCUGCUUCUGUGUUCAGCCAACUGUGGAAGUUGGAACCAUUAUCACCUCAAAAGAAGGCAAUCUGGCAUCGAGAGAUGGAAUGGUUCUUAUCUGUAAGCGAUUUCAUUGUGGAGCUAGUUCCAUCGGUCCAGAAUUUCCCCGGCGGGGGAACCUUUGAGAUCAUGGUGCCACAGCCACGGUCAGACAUUUUUGUCAAUGUCCCAGCUCUGAAGAAGCUGGACGCCAUGCUGCUCAAAAUACUAGAUGGGUUCUCUAAUUCAGAGUUCUGUUACGUGGAGCGUGGAAUUGUGAUUUCUGGGGAUGACGACACCAAGAACUUCAUGCUGUCCUUGACUUCUGGGUCAGAGACGUCGUCGGUGAGGCUGGGUGAGAAAUGGUGGCUGCCGUUUCCUAAAGUUCCUCAAAAGGGUUUGUCUGAGAAUGCCAGGAAGAAGUUGCAGCAGGGUAGGGAAUGCACCAGUCAGAUUCUUAAAGCUGCCAUGGCUAUUAACAGCAAUGUGCUUGCUGAGAUGGAAAUCCCAAAUGCUUACUUGGACAGCCUGCCCAAGAGCGCGAAAUCUUGUUUAGGAGAGACGUUACAUGGUUACCUAGCUGCCGACAAGUUCUCUCCUGAUGGCUUCCUGGAUCACUUAGAUUCGUCCUCAGAAUUCACCAGUCUGGAAGUAGCUAACCAGAUUGAAGCAGCUGCUCAUAUAUGGAACCAGAAAUACAUAAGAAAGUACAUGGCUGGAGGAGGGAGGUCGACAUCAUCAUCGUCAUCAUGGGGUGGCAAAAAACUUAAAAGCACUGCUACUCCCAAAUGCAAGAUCCUUGCAACACGGGCCGAGAACGUCUUGCACAGCUUAUGCCUUCGGUUCCCUGGCCUCCCACAGACCUCGUUGGACAUGAGCAAGAUUCAACAUAACAGGGAUGUAGGGCGUGCCAUCAUCGAGAGCUACUCGAGGGUGGUGGAGAGCCUAGCAUUCAACAUCACGGCGAGAAUCGAAGACCUUCUAUACGUGGACGACGCCACAAAGCAACGUGCAUCAGCAGAGUCUCUGUACACAGCACAAGGCAGGCUGAGCUGUUCAUUUGCCAAACAAAGGUGGAUAUCCCCCAUCGCCCCUUUCUCUUUCGACCAUUCCGGUGAGUUAGUCAGUUGUCAUCAUCAUCAUCAUCAUCAUCAUCACAACGGAACCAUGCCGCAGUCUCCAAGGAAUAGCCACACUAGGGAAAGGGAACCUCUAGAUCAAAGCUCUAGAUAAGCUUGCUUUCUGAGAAAAUGGGGGCCUAGACUGCCCAUAACAGUUUCUUCUUGAGUCUCUCCCGCUCCCAUUUCCCUCCAGCACAUGGUAUAGAUUGGCAGAGUUCAUGGAUCUGUACAUAUCUAACGUUUAUAGUAGUUGAAGAAUUGGGAGUCGUUUGGUUAUUUAGGGGCAGGGAGGCAUGGCAGUGGCUGGCGGGAAGUCGUACGUUGUAUUUAUAGGAAUAGGUAGUCGAUUGAGGGUCUGUUUUUAUUCGAAUUAUUAGAUAUGGUUAUGUGUGGGUUCGUUGUAGACUUGUAGGAGCUGAAAGGUGCUGAAGUUGUAAUGAUCAUAGUGAUGGUGGGGGUCAAAUUUCUCUCUUUGUCGUUGUCAAGCAGAGUGGACCACCAGAAUAAGUAACUCGGAUUCCACACGGAUCUGUGCAGAGGAUGAGAAUCGAGAGCUGUAAAAUUGGAUAUCUAUUGGGAGUUGCUAUUUCAGUAAAUGUGGUGGAAUUUGCCUUGCUGUAAAAUUAAUGUACUAAAAAUUAUAGGUAGCUGUUGAUAAAUGUCGUCCUAAAAAUUACUAAUGAUCGUACUAAAAAAUAAUAUAGUUACAUUUUUAAU